AUGCGUUACUGCGAAGGGCACUCACGUUCAGCUCCAGCCCAAGCCAUGUCCUGCUACACCCCCUGCCUGCCCUGCCAGCCCUGCGGCCCAACCCCGCUGGCCAACAGCUGCAAUGAGCCCUGUGUCAGGCAGUGCCAGGACUCCACCGUUGCCAUCCAGCCCUCCCCUGUGAUAGUGACCCUGCCUGGCCCCAUCCUCAGCUCCUUCCCACAGAACACCGCCGUGGGCUCCUCCACCUCCGCUGCCGUUGGCAGCAUCCUCAGCUCUCAGGGGGUGCCCAUCAGCUCCGGGGGCUUUGGCCUCUCUGGCCUGUCUGGCUUGGGCCGUGGCUCCUGCGGCAGGAGCUGCCUCCCCUGCUAG